AUUUGUGAGAUAUUUUUUUUUAUUUAAUUGUUUUUUUUUUAAAUAAGUGGUCAAUAUUUUAAAUUAUUAAAUAGUGAAAUUUAGCAAAGUAGAUUUCAAAUAAUUUCAGGUUUUUUUUAACACUAACAAUAUUUAAAAAUUUUAACUGAGAUCAAGAGUUUUUAUUGUAUGUAUAUAUUAUUAUGGCAAACGAACAUGAUGGCAAUAUAAAGGCAAAUUACGAAAAUUCUUCGGCUAACUUUAAUAAUAAUGAAACUUGUAAAAGUGGAAGGACUUCUAAUAGGUCUGAAGCAUAUAAUAGCACAACAGGUUCAACGGAACGUGAUGAUAAGUCUGCUUCAAGCAGUGGGUUUUCUAAUUCGAAAACAAUGACUGCAUCUAAUGAAGUUUCUCAUACAAAUGAAUACAAACAUAUAACGUCGCAGCCUCAAAAAAGAGAGGAAAAUCCAUUUUCCUUUAAACACUUUUUAAAUCGUGAUACGAAUAACUCUAGUAAUUUAUCUAAUAUAUCAGCAACAAUAGUUAGUACUAAUAAUAGUAUAAACAAUAGUAAUUUAACUGGCAGUAAUAUUACUAGCUAUCAAUCGUCAAAUACAAAAAAUAAUCCUUACUCAUCUGUGUCUAAUUUAAGUCCUAGUAGCAGUGCUUCUUUAAGUUCAUAUAUAUGUAAUAAUCAAGUAAAUAAUAAUGGUAAUGGCAACAAUUUUAAUACUACUUCUGGAGAAAAUGAAAUGUUUUCUGCAUCAAAUCAAAAUAAAAUUUCUACUUCUAAUAGCAAUAAUUCGGGUUUUGGGUCAGGUAAUAGUAAUCCUUAUCAGUCUUCAACUGGAGCAAGACCAAAAGUUCCUCAAUCCAUUUCUACUUCAUCAUCAAUUGGAAGUGGUAGUAACAACAUUCUUCAACCACCUAUAUCAAUAUCUACUACAUCUAUGUCUUCAUUAGCAGGUGGAAGUGAAAGCUCAAAAAUGAAGAGAUCACCACGUUUUUCAUCCUUUGACUCGCAGGCGAGUUUAGCUGAAUGUGCAGCAGGAUCCAACAAUGACCGCAGCGAUACUGCUACUUACAAUAAUACUUCAGGAUUUUUACGUGACGGCGCCGGAAUUUUAGAUGACCCAGGGAAAAAAACGGGAGGAUUAUUUAUAACUAAUUCUGAAUAUGAUAAACAAUUUAUUCCCCGUUCUUACUCUAAUUACGAUAUUGAUAUUACGCCGUCUAUGAAUAAUAGAUGCUCGAAUUCUUCGACAGUUGGGCGAACUAGUGACGCGAGCAAUUCCCCUUUUCGUAAUAGAAAUUCAUCGGCAGUUAGACCAAAUCGUUUGAUUGGAAUUUCUUCACAGUCAUCACCAAAUUCCUCGAAAAAUCAGCAGGCGUAUUCUUCAUCUAAUGCAACAAAUAAUGCGGGCGGUAUUCGUCCUAACUCAGAAUUUGCCGCGGCAGCUUUGCCUGAUUUUGUUCAAGAUCAUUGGAUGGAUCAGUGGUACUAUAAUGAAAUGAACCUUAAUUCGCCUCCCAAUUCGCCUAAUCAAUCACCGAUAGAUUUUGUUGAAGAUUUACCUUCCUGUAUGGCAACUGGUGAAAAAUGUCAAACGUUGCCCGAUUUCUUAUCUGAUGGACCAAUAAUUCAUUCUUCCGGUAGAUUAGCAGAUGUUGCCGCAGGUCUUCCAGAUUUGGAUUCACCAGAAGAUAACUCUCCUGGGUUACAGUUAUCACGCCUCCGCUUGGAAAAUGAACGCCUGCGGCGGGAGUUAGAUGAAAGCAGAAUAUCGUUAUCGGAACAAGUAAGGAGAGCCAACGAUUUAGAGAGACGCUUAGAGCAAUGUCGAAGUAACGAAAUAACAUCAAGUAAAAACUCAAAUCAAAAUUUAGAAAAGGCCGAUGAAAAUUCAGAACAAAAUAAAAAACGGUCUCUCGUAACAGAAAAUCAAAUAGCAAAGUUAAAACUGCAAAUAAAGCAAUUAACGGCUGAAGUGAAUUUAUUGCGAAAAGAAAAUGAGCUUAUCAAGGAAACAGGUGCAGUAGGUGGUGACAUAAUAAGUAAUAGAAAACCGUCCAAAAACCAACAACUAUCUAGAGAACUAAUGCGGGCAGCAGCAAACGCAGAAAGCAAUUUAAGGCAAUUGUUAAGUGGUGUAGACAACUUAAGGUUAAUGGCUAGGUCACUUGUUUGUGAUAAUAGUGUCGAUGAUGCUGGCGAUGGACUAGAUUUCAACAGGCAAAGCCCUACCUUGAACGCAGCAGCAGCAGCUGCUAACAUUAGUAAUUCUGCUUCGAUAAAUUUAGUUAACGACGAGUAUUUAUCUGAUUGUGAUGACUUUGAUGAUUUUAGCGGCCCAGCUUUGUAAUUUAAUUUUAAAUUAAAACAAAUAAAAUUCUAUAAAAGGUAAUUAAAGAUUUUUUUUGCGAUAGAUGUAUAUUUUUAAUUUAAAGUAAGUGAAAUAAAAUGCAUAGCGA